GCUAUAGCCACUCCUCUAAGAUUUCAUUAGUAUAACUCCAUCAGCUGUCUUGAAAAGUACCAGCUUCAUUUUUGCAAGAAAAUGUUUUUUCUCACAAUUCUGCUGUUUUCCUGCUUUCAAGUCUCUCAGCAGAUUCAGAACGCAACUGCAGAGGGCAGAGAGGUACUUUCCAACCCCAUUCUCACACCUGUUCAUGGCACUUUGGAAGUAGUGAUGAACCAGAACGUGAGCCUCUCCUGUCACUCAGAUUCUGGUUCUCCACCUAUCAGAUACACACUGUUUAAACACAGUCAGAAAGUAUCCACUUUAAAUAGGACAGACUUGAUGCCAGCUUUGUUCAACUUGACUAUCAACUCUGCCAGUGAUGUGGGUGAAUACAAGUGCAAAGCUGAGAAUAAAAUCUAUGGCAGAAGAUACAGUAGAAGUCUCAAUUUCACGCUUAAAGAGCCACUUUCUAAACCAGCGCUGAGCUCACCCACCUCUCAAGCAAAGAAAGGCCAAAAUGCAACCCUGUCUUGUCUCUCAAAGAAAGGGUCUCUUCCUAUCACAUACACAUUCUUCAAAGGCAAACGGAGCAUAUCUCAACCAGUGAAGAUGCAGAAGAAGGAAGCAGCUGUUAUUUUUGUACUUAUCAAUACCUCUAGUGACUUAGGAACCUAUAAAUGCAGAGCUGAAAGUAGCUUUCGCAAUAUUACAAAAUACAGCAACAGUUUCAACUUUACAUUAGCAGAGGAGAGUUGCGAUUCUCAACCCCGGAUCAUUUUUCUUGGGCUAAUCUUACUAGCAAUUGUGAUAGGAUUUGCUCUGGCAAUUCGAUUUUUCAUCAUUCCUUCAUGUAAAGCAGGAAAAUUUACAUCUGCUGUGUCCUCAACUGGCCUUACUUCAACGGAUAAAGUAGAAGAGUCAGAAAAUUAUGUCACGUACACAGAGAUUAAGCCGAUUCAAAAACAGGAGUGUGCAAAUUUUUCUGUUAGUAGAAGAGAAGAUGAAAAAGAGAAGAGGGAAAGUCCUACAAUCUAUUCAAAGGUCGUCAUCAGAGAUGGAAUACAAGCUGGACCACUCCAUUCUCUAGAGUAGCAUCAGUUAUCAAGACCAUGAAGAGAACACUCAUCUCAUCAUAUCUGCAAAGAAAAGAUCACACCUAUUACCACUUCUGAUGUAUGAAAAAAAAGAACAGAUUAAGUUAUGUACAAAUGACAACAAGCUGCAAAUUUUUUUGCUACAAUGCACCAAGUUGUGUGAAGACACCCAUUUUCUUACAGACAUUCCUUGCUUUUCUAAUUAUUUUUCUUUAAAUUAUUAGGUCACUUUAGUACAUUAAGUAAAUGUUAGUGUUCUGUUACAAGAGUAUUUUCUGUAGAAGCAGAGUAUAACUUUCUUCUGUUAUUUAAUAGCCAGACAAUGUAGACUACUGCACAUGAACCAAUCAACAUACAUAUUUUUUUUCUGGGGAAAGAAGAGAUCCAAGAUCCAUAGAUACAAGCAGUGAUAUGCUCAAAAUUCACUCUUGAUCAACAAAUCAUAUAUGAAGCCCUUAACUGGAAUAUAGGUUUUUAUCCGCAUAAAUAACAUCGCAUACACCAAUGGUAAUCAUUCCAGACGUGAAGAACUUUUAAGUUCAAGACUAGACACAGUGUGCUAUCUGAAGCAGUACUUAAGAAUGGAGCACAGAGCCAGUCAAAAUGGUUUAAAACAGAACACAGCACAAAAAUCUGGAAGACAUGACAUGGUUUUGCAAGUUUACUCAUCUUAAGAAAUUUAUUUUCAUAGAAGUGUCUAUAAAAGGGAUCUCACAGUUCCAGAGCAACAACAACAGAAAAAAGUGUGAAAGGCUAAUAAUUCAUACAAUUCCUAAAACAAACUGUCAUUUCUCUUCGUAAUAAAAUCUACUGAGUGAGUUUU